UUUUAAUGGUGACGUUGCAUUUAUCGUGAGCCUGCACUCAAAGUCGGUUGCCUUAGCAGCCCCUUUUUGAGUAUAUUUAGGCGCUGGACUUUGCGACAGUCCGAUUGGAGACGAGCUUCUUUUAUUUUGCCACAGUAUAUAUAUAUAUCUAUAUUUAUAAAAUCAUUGUCGCAACACUUUCAAGUUGGAUUUUUCCCGUCUCAUCUCUGUGCGGGCCCGUUCGAGAUAUCAGCACCGAGACGAGCCCAGGUGUCUUUCUUUCCGCUUUCCCCGGCGUCGAUCGUGCUGCUGUACUAGUGUGUGUCUGUCACUCGCGGUGCGAAAAUGGCAGCGUGUUGGCAGGACGUGGCGACCGAGUGGGGAGAAGUGGUGUCGGAUCAUGUGAGGGAGCUCCUCUCCUCUGGCCUGGGUCUGCUGCGCUCCCGACUGGGUGUGGAUCUGGGUCUGAAGCCCGAGCUUUAUCCGACAUGGGCCAUCCUCGUCGCGGCGCUGGCCGGGCCGCUGGCCUUGGCGCUGCUCUGGGCCGCAGUCUGCGGCGCUGUCUUCGGCGCGAAGAGGCGGCCGGGCGGAACCGGCGUGGAGGCGAGCCCCGACAACACCAAGGUCCUUGCGGCCAAGGCUGUGAAAACUGACGAGCAACAGAAGAAGAGGAGCCGCAAGAAGCCCGCUGAUAAGAAACCACAGCCGAACGGCCGAACAGUGACAGAGCUGCAAGAGGAAGUCAAAGAUGCAGAGGAAAACCUGAAGGUGACAGUGGAAGUUAAGACUGAGAAGGCAAAGAAGAAGAAUAAGAAGCAGAAGGCUGAAGUGAACCAAACGAAAAGCGCCUCUACCCAUGAUGGCAAGGAGCCCGAUGAAGGCGCCUGGGAGACAAAGAUCAGUAACCGGGAGAAGCGACAGCAGCGCAGAAAGGACAAGACGGCUAGCGAUGACUCAGGCAGUCCUGGGGGAGUGGAACCUGCAACCAGCAUCUCAGUGGAGCCCCUUAAAACCACAGUUGCUGCUGCCCCUGUGGUGCAGAAAAAGAACAAAGGAGAACCUUUGCGUUCCAAGCCUGGGAAGGGAGACCUCAUCAUAACCCAAGUGUCAGCCAGCUGGAACGAAAUGCCGGCUGUUAAUGGCCGGGGCUGGAAUGAGGGGACACCAAAAAUCUCGGCUCCAGUAAGCAGCCUGGACGGAGAGACCUGGACCCCUCUCCCAAAAGGGGCUGCUCGCCGGAAUCCAGAAUCUGCAGCCUGGAUGCAAGAAAAUGAAGGGUCAUGGAGUGCUGUGGAUGGGCGGGGGAAGAAGUCUGACCAGAAUCCAGUCUCCAUUAGUACCCGAUCAGUGAAGCCCAUCGCUGCUGAGCCGCAGGCUGUGCCUGACCUGGAGUGGCCAAGUCAAAGCCAACGCAAAGUCGAUGAUGAAUGGUCUGGCCUGAAUGGAAUGGUUGAGGACCCAAGCUCUGACUGGAAUGCUCCCUCUGUACGGUGGGGCAAUUAUGAGGAAGCCGACAUCCCAUCUGAGGAGCCUUACCCAGAGGCCGUGAAGGGCUCCGAUGACGAAAAGGAGAAGGAGGACUCUGCUGCAGCAGGCAGCGGAAAAUCUAAAAAGAAGAAGAAAAAGAAGAAGAAACAGGGAGAAGAGACAGGCACAGCUGCUCUGGAAUCUGGGGAGCCGGAGAAGGAGGAUUUCCUCCAGCAGGUUCAGGAGCCAACCCCGCCUACAAGGCCUGCCAUAUCUGUCCCAGUGCCAUCACCUGAGGUUCGUGCUGCUGAUGGCUCAGAAUCGCUCCGCAAGGGCCGUUCCCCGAAGGCUGCCCCUGCGACACUCUGCCCUGUGCAGGCGAAGGCAGAGAAACCAGCAGUGCACGCAAAAGAGAGCGUCCUCCCCAAACCAGCUAAGCAAGCACCGAGGAGAUCAACUGAAGCAGAAUCUGCAGUCAAGCAGGCCAGUCAACCAACUCCUUUGCAGAAAAAAUCUGAGGAAAACUGGGAAUCCCCAAAGCAAGUCAAAAAGAAGAAGGCAAGAAGAGAAACAUGAGCUGUAGCUGGAGUCUGGAUGACAUUAUAUGCAAAAGGAUUUUAAAGAAAAUUCAAGUUUAUGCAAUAAUUUGAGUGUAAAGAAAGUUUUAUACAAGUUAGAACUACUUUUUUUAACAUUGGAGAGGAGGGGGGAGUCAAACUUCACUUUGACCAGCUUAAAAACCCAAUGGAGCAAGUGGUCCUCUGGUCCUGCAGACUGCAAUUAGACACUGCACUGUAAGCCUUGCUACAAGUGGCAUUUCAGAUUGAUAUGUAGCUGGCCACGAUUUUUUUUUUUAUUAUUCAAAAUGAGAAUAGUUUUGGAAUAUGUCUGUUUAAUAACCUGAUGUAGUAAACUUUAUUGUACAUGGCUAAUACCUGCAGUGGAAAUGCAUAUAUAUGAUAAAAAUCCUCAUUGCAGCCAUGGACGUUUUCCUUUGACGCUUAAGCGUGCUGCACGCUCUGGCUGAGUCACCGUGUACUUUGUAGUGAAAAGAAUGAGCUGUGGACCCAAUAAAGUGACAUCCAGAUGGCACGAUGACCGCAAAUGUAGACUGGGUUUUGAUCAUUUGGUGACUGGCUAGUUAUCCAAAACAUCCAGGAUUUAGGAAACAUCUCAUUCUAGAGAUUUCUUUGUAAAUGACACUAAGAGUUUCUUAGUGUUUUUUUUUCUUUUUUUUUCAUCCUUUAUAUUACUGUACUAUGUUGUGCCCUGAUCUUUACAUAGAAGGUAAUACUUUAAACUGCUACUGUCCUAGUACUGUUGGUUAAAAAACUUUGAGGAACUUUCUCACAACUACUUUGUAAUGGGGGGACAAGCUAAUCCACAUGUAAAGAAAGAGGUUUGAGAUUUGGCUGUGAUGUGCUAUGAGUUGCACUUUUCCUACAGUAUGUAUUUUUAGUUCAAUAUCCUUUGUGUUUCCAGCUUUGUCAAGGAACUGAUGAGUGCAAUAUGUGGUUGAGUAACAGUAAGAAUGUUUUUUGAACAGCUUUAAUCCAUGAGUCAUUAAUAAAUUAUCAGGAAUGAAAUUCUAUUGCCUUAACCUCAACUGUGUGUGUAUGUGUAUAAUAUCCUGUUCUUUCCAACCCCCAUCCGGCACUGCAGUGUUUGUGUUUUUGAGCUUUUUUUUCCAGGGCAACUAUGUGACUGAAGUCUGACCUUAAAAUUAUUCCCUUCUGCGAAGUACUAUGUUCAAACACCUAACAAAUUAAUGGGCAAGUUUCUACUUGGUAAUUGAGUCUAAAUAGUCUUGAUGUAAGAAAUGCAAUGAACAGCAAAUGGCUUUUUUUUAUUAUUAUUAUUAUUAUUAUUAUUAUUAAUGUGUAUUCACCUGUAACGUGGACCACAAAUAUCAUCCUGAAGUAAAAGUCUGUGGCUUUUGCUGAGGCAGGCACUGUUAGGACCUUGUUGUGGAAGAUGUGAAGGUUUUCUCAGCCCUUCAGAGUUGUUGCAUUGUGUAAACAAGCCUGAUACAGCUUCAGUAAGACCUGCCUCACUGGUUUUGUUUUCCCAGACAAUAAUGCUAACUAAAACUUUGAGAUGUGUAUUUGUAUCUUUUUCUGCGGUUUGCAAAAUUAAGAUCACGUGUUUUGAAGACUUUGUUAAAUAUGCCAUGUCAUUUCUUAGUUGAUUUUUCUUUAAAUAAAUUGAGAAACUUGAUAUGUA